UUGAUCCAUAAAAAUCAUAGGUUUCGGUUGAAGAAAAAUCGUAAAGCAGUGGCUUUCUUUCACCCUUACUGCAAUGCUGGUGGUGGUGGCGAGCGUGUCCUGUGGUGUGCUGUCAAUGCCAUGCAAAAAAAAUACGGUGAGAAAUAUCAUUACGUGGUUUAUACGGGAGAUGUGGAUGUGAGUCGUGAAGAGAUCAUUAGCAAGGCUAAAAGUUGCUUCAAUAUCGAAGUGGUCGAUACAAACCUGCAAUUCAUUUACUUGCGGUAUUUUUAG